AUGCAGUUGGAACCCGGCUUUCUUUCUUACUUCCUUAUUAUCACCGAAUUGGUUUUUCGUACUACCUUCAUAUUCAUGAGUGCGCUCAUCUCCAGAAAAGUUUGUAAAAUCGUAUCGAUCAUGAGAAACAAAAAGGAAAAGAUUAUGCUCUACAUUUCGAUCGAUGACGAUGGAAAAACCACAAUCACCCUCCCGACACAACAAGAAUAA